GCAACAAUAAAUUUCUUUGGUUGCUUUUGAGGAGGACACUACUAAUGGCUCCCAGUGCAGUUCAUUUGUUUCGACUUUGUAUUGCGGUCUCUAUCAUCGUUCUUCCAGACACUUUCGCUGCUGAAGAUGACAGACAGAUUUAUAUUGCAUAUAUGGGAGAAAAGCCAAAACUUCCAUACAGAGCAGAGUCUGUUCAUCUCAGUUUACUGGACCAAGUGCUCGAGGGCAGCUCAGUGAAGGAAUCCUUGGUGUACAGCUAUAGCAGAAGCUUCAAUGGAUUUGCAGCCAAACUUACUGCACAUGAGUAUCAGAGACUAGCUGAUAUGGAAGGCAUAGUCUCAGUGUUCCCCAGCAAAACUCUCCAGCUCCACACCACAAGGUCAUGGGACUUCUUAGGAUUUUCUGAAACAGCAACUAGGCACUCACCUAGAGAUUCUGACAUCAUAAUUGGUAUGAUCGACACUGGAAUCUGGCCAGAGUCUGCAAGUUUCAGCGACGAGGGAUUCGGUGCACCUCCAAACCGGUGGAGGGGCAUUUGCCGAAACUUCACCUGCAACAACAAAAUCAUCGGCGCACGCUACUAUUAUAGUAUAGAAAAUGCCAAGCCCGACACUGAGAUUUCGGCUCGUGAUUUCGAAGGACACGGGACUCACACUACAUCGACAGUAGCCGGGAGAGAAGUUCACGGGAUGAGCCUCUACGGGAUAGCGAAAGGGACAGCCCGGGGUGCGGCGCCAUCUUCAAGGAUCGCCGUGUACAAAGUUUGCUGGGGGUCCCUAGGCUGUGCGGAGCAGGACGUCCUGGCUGCCUUUGAUGACGCCAUUGCGGAUGGGGUCGAUAUAAUUUCUGCGUCCAUUGGGAAAGCGGGUGUUUGGAAGUAUUUCCAAGACUCGGUCGCCAUUGGCUCCUUCCACGCGAUGAAGGCGGGGAUAUUGACGGCAUGUGAACCCCAGUCCUUAGAUGGAGAUAUAGUGAAAGGGAAGGUUGUGUUAUGUGAUGCGAGAAUUAUCGGAGAUGAGCCUUUGCUUGCUGGUGCUAAGGGAGCAGUGAUGGUUGACUAUGAUCACCUUGACUUAUCUUGGCCCUUCCCUUUACCAGCUGUGGUUGUUGAUGCUAAUGAAGGGGACAGGCUGAGAAAUUAUAUUAACAGUACUGGGAACCCAAUGGCAAAUAUACAUCAAACUUCUGCAGUCAUUGAUGGUUCGGCUCCUAUGACCGCAUCAUUCUCUAGCAGAGGUCCGAACCUCGUCACACCAGAUAUCCUGAAGCCUGAUGUAAGUGCUCCUGGACUCAAUAUCCUCGCAGCCUGGUCCCCUGAGGCUCCGAUAUCAGGGUAUGCGAACGAUAAGCGUUCAGUGCAGUAUAACAUAAUGUCUGGAACAUCUGCAUCCUGCCCUCAUGCAACCGGAGUUGCAGCAUAUGUCAAAUCUUUUCAUCCUAAUUUUUCACCAGCUGCACUCCUAUCUGCUAUAAUGACGACUGCUAAAGCUAUGGACCCAAACACUAAUCCGGAUGCAGAAUUAGCCUACGGCUCAGGCCAGAUCAAUCCUCUCAAAGCAACAGAUCCUGGUCUAGUCUACGAUGCCGGCGUUAAUGACUACAUAAACUUUUUGUGCAGCUCAGGCUACAGCGCUGACAAGCUUAGGCUCAUAUCUGGAGAUAUAACCAACUGCAGCAAAUCCUCAGUUCUUGCGAGAGAUCUAAACUACCCUUCUAUGGCAUUUCAAGUAAACCCCGAUACCGCGUACUCCGUAAAUUUUUCGAGAACGGUAACAAACGUGGGUUCAGUGAAGGCUACAUACAAAGCAGCGAUUCAAACUCGCGGUAAAAUCGAAGCUAUUGUGCAUCCUGACACACUGUCAUUUGAGGGUUUAAACGAGAAGCAAAGUUUUGUUGUGUCGGCUUCUUCGAAGGAGGGUAUUUUUUCGGAGGAAAUUGCGUCGGCGUCGUUGAUUUGGUCGGACGGAGUUCAUAGCGUUAGGAGUCCUAUUGUUAUACAUACUGGAUCCAUGGAAUAUGAGCUCCGAGAUUGAUCAAAUUCAGCAUCUUUUUUUUUUUUGCCCACCCUAUAGAAUAGUAUUGUAUCUCAACAAUAACAAUGUCAUAAUUCCUAAAUUCUUUAGGUCGGCUGCACUAAUCCUAUUUUUUUUCCAUUAGAAGUUUUGUUUAGAAUUGUCUUCACGGUUAAGUUAAUCAAUCCUGUAUCCUUCUUAAUCGUUUUUAAUCAAGGUUUAUUAUGCA